GAUUGAGAGAGAGAGAGAGAGAGAGAGAGUGGGGUGGGGUAAGUCCGGACUACUUUAAUUAAAAGAUUUGAAUUGUUUAAUAGAUUUAAUAGAUAGCAAAACAUCUGUAGGUUCAGUUUUUCCUCAUGUAGAUUAAUAGAGGACAGUAAUAGAAAUAUAUAUAGGAAAUAUACACUGCCAAUCUAGUCUACAUACUAUGGCAGGCAGCUACAGGAGAGCAUAGUCAAAACACGUGACACAGGCAGCAUUUCUAAAAGCAUGUCAGAAAAUCUACUGCGAGUCAUGAAAAGGUUUAUUUCCCUGGGAUUGUGACUGAAGAAAUCAAGUGCAACACACACACUGGUCCCUACAGCCACUUCCUCUCCACCAAUGUGCUGGAAUAAGCACUCAUUGACUGUGUGCGACAGCCUCUCUGUUCCCCCGAGCAUGCAAUCUGCGAAUAUAGAACAGCAACGCCUUCACAACUGCACUUCAUAAACUCGAAGCUUGAGGGACUCAGUAACAAUGCUCUUUAUUUUAGACGACUAUUUUAACAAGGUUUUAGCAGAGUUGGCACUAUGGAAUUUCUAGAACAGGAAAGCAUCUUAAAUGUUUAUUGCAGCCACUGUACAGUAUUUCUGUUGCUACACAAAGAAUUAUUUUAGGCCAGCAAUUUCUCUUUCAACCACAAGGGGGCAGCAGACUCUGUAAACAAUACCUGUUUUUUAAAGCAGCCACUAUAUAUUUAAUUAUAGAACCAUUGCAUGUAACUCAGAUAGCAUGAUGGCGCCAUGCUAGUAAAAAUCACAUUGAGAGCUAAAAUAUUUAUUAGGAUUUUAGACCAGGAACUUUAGCACUCAGGAAUAAAGUUACAGCCCACUUAACCUCAGACCUGCAGUAUAUCUAAUUACCACCAGGUGGAGCCAAACUACAAAUCGGAUGAGAAUUGCCUAUGAAUAGGAAAAAAGAACUGAACCACAUUCUAUUAAAGAACAUUGGUGAGCAGAGAUUCUAUUUAACCACAGUCAUCUUCACAAGCAGCCAUGGGGAAGAGGAAGCUGUGGGUAACUUACUGGCUCUGGGCAGUAGGGGGCCCCGUGGGGCUCCACCACGUCUACCUGGGGAGGGACAGCCACGCCCUGCUGUGGAUGCUCACGUUUGGGGGCUUUGGCCUGGGUUGGCUACGUGAAUUCUACCGCUUACCUGCCUACGUGGAAUCGGCCAAUCACAACCCGACCACCGCACGAGCAGCCAAUGGAAGGCCUGUCAGAGCUGGGGCCGCACCCCCUCCGAUAAGCCUGGCCCGUUUUGCUGGGCAGGUGUGCAUUGGAAUCUAUUUCGGGAUGGCUGCCCUGAUUGGUCUGUCCUCCAUCAGUGCGUUCUACCUGCUAGUGCUGCCACUGGCCAUUGGCACGGGCGUCCAUCUGGUGUCUUCUGUGGGCGAGCAGACCUCUGACCUCCGCAAGACCCUGACCGCUUGCCUGGUGACCUCGCCUGUGUUCUACGGCCACGCUCUGGGCACCGUGCCUGUCAGCAUUGCGGCCAGUGUGACCGCAGCUCAGAACCGCAGGUACAAGCCUGGGAUGGAACGAGAGGAACCACUGGGUGCCAGGCUGUACCGUCUCGGACUGGCAUGGCUGGCGUUCUCGGUGCCCCUGGGGUACUCCGUGUUCUACAACACCACUGCCACCCUCUCCUACGCCGCGGACAGUGUCGCCGCCCUGCUGGACUGGCUGUGGUUCUUCCCCUCCCUGCGCUCCCUGCUGGAGUCCUGCCUCCUGCUGCCCUACAGAGCCUUCUCCCUGCUCACAGGGGGCGGAGGAGAGGGGCCCGGGCAGUGGGAGAGGGUGCUGGAGAGGUUUAUCAGCGAGCACAGCCAGAGGAGACUGGCAGCACUGCAGGUGCUGGCAGUGAGUAGCGAGGCCCCUUUCGAGGAGAUCACUCAGAGGUACCGGGAGCUGGUGAAGACCUGGCACCCCGACCACAACCCACACCGAGCCGGGGAGGCCAGCAGCAGAUUCCUGGAGAUCCAGGAGGCUUACGAGACCCUGCUGAGACUGCACAGACCACAGCACGGGCCGUGACCAAAUCACACACACUGACCACAGCGCGGGCCAUGACCAAAUCACACACACACAGACCACAGUGUGGGACGUGACCAAAUCACACACACACACACACACUGACCACAGCGCGGGCCAUGACCAAAUCACAUAC